AUGCAUAAAGGACAAGCAGGCCGAAUAGGUGUUGUGGGUGGCUCAGAAGACUACACCGGCGCACCUUUCUUUAGCGGCAUUGCUUCCAUGAAAGUGGGUGUAGACCUCUGUCAUAUAUUUUGUGAGCCUGGUGCAGGCACAGUAUGCUAUAAAAUAAACAAACAAACAAAUAUUCAUGCUUCCAUAAUAGACUUGAUUGUUCAUCCCUAUAUGCGUACAAAAGAAAAGCUAGAAGCUGAUUUAAGUAUCGAUAAGAUUGUUGAUCGUGUUUCAAGUGUAUUCUCAAGACUCCAUGUGUUGGUUGUCGGACCAGGCCUUUCCAGAGACGAAGUCAUGCAGGAAACAACACGACACUUGAUUCAGCGUGCACGCAAGCAGAACAUGGCUAUCGUCAUUGAUGCAGACGGACUCUAUCUUGUUCAACAACAUCCCGAAGCUGGUGUAGAAGGUUCAGGCGAAGAAGCUGCAAAAAAACUCGCUCAAUCGUUUGGUGGUCUCACUGUUGUCCAAAAAGGUUCUGAGGACUGUAUCACCAAUGGCAGCGAAGUCUUAAAAUGUGAUACUGAAGGUGGGGAUAUUCUUUCGGGAGCCAUUGCGGCUUUUUUAGCUUGGGGAAAAGCUUAUGAAGAUGGCGUAUGGAGAUCUGUCCUUACCUCACACAUGUUGGAAGAAAUCGGCUCUUCCUAUGAUCAGUUCAUGAAACACUAA